AUAAAUUGUAGUCGAAGAGAUUCACUUUUUUCGCUGAUCAAGAAUCAAACGUUCAUUAAUAUAGUCUUUCAAUUUUCACCAAUAUGAAUGGUUAUGUUUCAAGUGCUGUUUAACAAUAAUGGCGGCAAUGUCCCCAUCGGAGCCUGAAGAGUCCAUACUAAAGACAAUAAAAAAUUCGGCACAAUGAACUGAAAUAUCAAGAUUAUAUUAUUUUCCAUGAAGUCAGAUUAUGUUCAAUGGCAACGUCUUUAGUCAGCGGAGGUUACAGAAGGAAUUGAUGUCGUUGAUGCGUGAACCACCACCUGGUGUUCAUGUGGAUGGGGAUCAGGCCGGCCAAAACUUAGCCCAGUGGAUAAUUCACAUGGAGGGAGCAAAGGGAACACUUUACGAGGGUGAAAGAUUCCAGUUGCAAUUUAAAUUCAGUUCCAAAUAUCCAUUCGAUUCACCUGAAGUCACUUUUAUCGGCGGCAACAUUCCUGUUCAUCCCCAUGUUUAUAGCAACGGUCAUAUCUGUUUAUCCAUAUUGACUGAUGAUUGGUCACCUGCUCUGAGUGUCCAAAGUGUCUGCUUAAGCAUAGUUUCUAUGCUGAGUAGUUGCAAGGAAAAGAAAAGGCCACCUGAUAAUUCCUUUUACGUAAAAACAUGCAAUAAAAAUCCAAAGAAAACAAAAUGGUGGUACCACGAUGAUAGUGUCUGAUAUUUGGACACCCUAAUACCUGGAUUGAUGGAUGUACCAAAUGAGAGUUGGAGGUCUCCGUAUCAGCCAAUGAACUACUUGGAAUACGCAUUAAGAAAACUUGAAAAAAAUAUCUCCUUUCAAAUCGUAGAACUAUUCUUAUCAUGGCGAAUAGUAAAUUAAGUAAAUAUAAAACUAUAAUGUAAUACUAUAACGAUAAUAAGAAAAAAACUCAAAAACAAGAAUGAAACAUUUGUGAUUGAUUCAGUUAUAAAUUUUAUCAUGGCAUUUUCUUUAGAAACAAAUGUAUAACAUCAGUUUACGAUAUCUAGAUAUAGAAUAACUAUUUAUGUGAAAAGCAAAGAAUUCAUCAGAUAUAUCUUCCCUUCAAGAAGAUAUGGCAAAAAUAUGAGAUUGUAGUCAAAGGAGUAGGCAUUCAAAUUUCAAUCUUAGCAUAAUAGCGUAUAGGUUUAUAAAUUAGCAUUAGAAAUAUCAAUUUCUUUUUUGUAAACAGUAAACUAGUAUAACAUAUAUCGAGAAUCUGAAGUUUAAUAAAAUAUGGAAUCGUUCGAAACGUUAAA